CAAAAAAAAAUAUAUAUAUAUAUAUAUUGAAGAGCCAUUAUAUUUUAACAACUUUGCUAGAUAACCAACUAGGAUAUAAGUCGCAACAAAAAAAAAUCCAAUAACACAAAAAAUCAUCCUAAACUCAUAGUUAAACUUAAUCCUAGUUUCACUUCUCACUUUUACGCACUAUAAAAUUCAAAAAACAACCACACAUCCACUCUCCUUUCUUUUCACGCUGUCGCUCCACUUUCCGUAGCUGCACCAUUACCUUUCACUGGUGUCGAAGACAUCGAAGCAACAAGCGACGUGUCAAUCCACUGACGACAAUGAGAGGAACCCCCACGAAUGCAGACUCGAGCACCGUCACCCCCCCCCCCCCCCAACCCAUCUGCCCGCCCUCGACCCGCUGCAACUGUCCAACUGACUAAGCAAUUGCCCGCAAGCCCCCCUAGUCGACAACGAUAUCAGCAACCAUGGAUGGAUGUUUCUUCUACGGCUACCAACGGAAGGACCUCGACAUGAAAGGACCAAUAAACACGGCGAGAUGUGAGCUGUCCGACGUCGCAGCAAGUCCUACCGCAGGAGAACUCGCACACGAUCAACACUUGAUGAAAAAGGAACAGCAUCGCCACGAUUGGAGGGACGUUGAUGGAAAGGAUGCCGUCGCAAGUGGCAGACGCAGUGGAGGGAAAGGACAUAGGGGCGAGUGGCAGACACAGUCGAGAAAAAGACGUCAGUUAUAUAAUGAUAGUCAAUGGAAGGAUAUGUUGCGUAAUUAAUCCUAAUUUCAUGGCACUAAUCCUAAUUGUUAUUUAAAAUUAUUUUUUAAUUUAAAAUUUUAUUUUUUAAAUAAAUUAUUUAAGUUGGUUAAUAGUGCAGUUGACUCUCUAUACUUUUUUAUAUUUUAAUGAGCGAAAUAUAUUUUGAAUCUAU